AUGAGAACUAACGAGCAAGGCGAAAAGGUUGCUUGUUUCAAGUGCCGUGAAGGGCACCGAACAACUAAAUGUGUUGACGGCCCUGGCCACCAAGAUGAUGUGCAGGUCAUUAGCCCGCCUGGUCGUCCAGUAGGCGCCAGGACCAACCCAGUCGUGGCCGCUGCGCGACGGGAAAAGAAGAGGAAACGCUUAGAGCAAAUCAAGGCGGAGGAAGAGGCGGAGGCCUUUCAACGAGGGGCUCAAGCUUUCUUUUAUCAGCGACCCACUUCUGCUCCCGAGCAGCGUAACUUCGUUGCUGGUUACCAGCAGUUUCCUGUACCUGGCCCCCAGAACUUUGGGGGCCUUGCUAACCUUCAUGCUGCUGCCCCUUCUUUUCCUCGGCGUUCUACGUUCCCUCCUGAUCCCCUUCCUGCUCAUCAACCUGAUGCCAUUCAGCAUUUCUUGAGGCAGACAUAUUAUGGUGGCAUGGCUCACAAUCCUGUCCCUCCUGUCCCCGCUGUCUCUGUCCCUGUUUCCCCUCUCCCUGCUCUUGACCAUGCUGUCUCUUUUGAUCCCUACAUCAUGGACAAUUCCAUGGACACAGGGUUUCAAGUUCCCAUGCCUGUCCCAGGUUUCCCUCUUGCUGCCCCUGCCCCUGCUCCCUCCCUUGCCUCCGGUGUCUUUGGUAAUUCCUUCGACACAAGUUUUCAACAUCCCAUGCCUGCUCCCGGUUACCCUUUGCUCCGUCCUCUCCUUCCUGUCUCUUCUGUCCCGGCUUCUCAAACUAUCUUGGCCAACCAGGUCAAUGCUAUGGCACAGAACCCUUUGGCCGUCGACCCUGCUACAGUAUCUCCUCAAGCUGGCAUGGUGGUUCCGGCUAAUCCAAUGGACGACUGGAUGAACGAAACCAUCCGGGAAGAUCGCAUGGGGGCUGGUCAAGCUGUCCCUCCUGUGUCCUUUCCCCCACCCCCAAGGCUCUUCCCCAUCAACGAGAGCCGUUGGGACGAAAUCAUCCCUGAGCAAAUUGCUCAGCCUAUCCCGGCGGCUAACCAUGGCGUCCAAUCUUCCGGUUCCUCGUUUUCUUCUGGGUCGUGGGUUUUUGUUGAUCACUCGUCUUCUUCUGGUCAGUCGUCUUUGGAGGUCUCCCCAACCAUGGGUCCUGCCGCACUUGGUGCUCAGGCUAACGAGGGCGCAUGGUCAAUGGCUUUUCAUCCCUUACCCUGGGACCUUCACAGCUUUCCGACUGAAGACCCCAAUGAGGAUAUAUAUGGCUCUGACUAA